CGCGCAGCCUCUGCUUCCAUAUAACUCGCUCACUGCUCGCGCGCCUCGGUGGGUGCAAACGCGCACAGGGACAGAAACAGAGACAGAGCCAGCCAUGUCGACCACCACCCUGCAGCUGGUUCCGUGGCCGCCGGAGCCGGCGCGCGCCGCCGUGCUGCUUGUUGCGGCGGUCGUCUGCCUGUGGGUGCUUCUGUCACGCAGGCGGGCCGCCGGAGGGAGCAAGGACAAGGAGCGGGCGGCCCGGCUCCCGCCCGGCAGCUUCGGGUGGCCGCUGGUGGGCGAGACGCUGGACUUCGUGUCCUGCGCCUACUCCUCCCGCCCGGAGGCCUUCGUCGACAAGCGCCGCCUGCUGCACGGGAGCGCGGUGUUCCGGUCGCACCUGUUCGGCUCGGCGACGGUGGUGACGUCGGACGCGGAGGUGAGCCGGUUCGUGCUGCACAGCGACGCGCGCGCCUUCGUGCCCUGGUACCCGCGGUCGCUGACGGAGCUCAUGGGCGAGUCCUCCAUCCUGCUCAUCAACGGCAGCCUGCAGCGGCGCGUGCACGGCCUCGUCGGCGCCUUCUUCAAGUCGCCGCAGCUCAAGGCGCAGGUCACCGCCGACAUGCAGCGCCGCCUCGCGCCCGCGCUCGCCGCCUGGAAGGUUCGGUGCGCCUCCGCGCCGCCGCUCCGCAUCCAGGACCACGCCAAGACGAUCGUGUUCGAGAUCCUGGUGAGGGGUCUGAUCGGGCUGGAGGCAGGCCCGGAGAUGCAGCAGCUCAAGCACCAGUUCCAGGAAUUCAUUGUCGGCCUCAUGUCCCUCCCCAUCAAGCUGCCGGGGACUAGGCUCUACAGGUCCCUCCAGGCCAAGAAGAGGAUGGCCACGCUGAUACAGGGGAUCAUACAGGAGAAGAGGCGGCGGCGGAGGGCCGCCCUUGAGGAUGGCGGAGAGGGCGAGGGCGAGGCCGGUCCCCCGCGCGACGUCAUCGACGUGCUCAUAAGCGGCGGCGACGAGCUCACCGACGAGCUCAUAUCCGACAACAUGAUCGACCUGAUGAUCCCCGCCGAGGACUCUGUGCCCGUGCUCAUCACGCUCGCCGUCAAGUAUCUCAGCGAGUGCCCGCUUGCUCUGCAACAACUUGAGGAGGAGAACAUGCAGCUGAAGAGGCGGAAAACCGACGUGGGAGAGACCUUGCAGUGGACGGACUACAUGUCACUGUCGUUCACACAACAUGUGAUAACGGAGACACUGCGGAUGGGGAAUAUCAUCAACGGGAUCAUGCGCAAAGCGGUGCGGGACGUGGAGGUGAAGGGGCACCUCAUCCCCAAGGGCUGGUGCGUGUUCGUGUACUUCCGGUCGGUCCACCUCGACGACAAGCGCUACGACGAGCCCUACAGGUUCAACCCGUGGAGGUGGAAGGAGAAGGACACGAGCACCAUGGGCUUCACCCCUUUUGGCGGUGGGCAGAGGCUGUGCCCAGGCCUGGAUCUGGCCAGGCUGGAAGCUUCCAUCUUUCUCCAUCACCUGGUGACCAGCUUCAGGUGGGUGGCGGAGGAGGACCACAUCGUCAACUUCCCAACCGUGCGGCUCAAGCGAGGCAUGCCCGUCAGGCUCACCAGCAAAGACUAGCUAGCUAGUCACUACGACCUGCUUGUGCAUGCCAUGCAUGCAGAUUUCAGUCACGUCAUAUGCAAUAUAUAUUGGACCCUGGAGGUUGCACGUGUACAGAAGAGAGGAUGCAGGAGCUAGCAGAUGAUCGGAGGUAUUUAGGCAGACUGAAAUUGAAUCGACCGCGAAGAGUAGCACACUACUAUACCACGAGUAUGAUCUGUAGUAGUAGUAAUAAGAGGAAUAUAAUAUCAUUAGUGUGGUAGUAUUUACUUAUUAUACUACUCUCUCUUUUCGUUUUUAUUUAUCGUGUUUUAGUUUAAAAAUGAACUAGCGAGGUUAGUCAAUAGGCGUGCAUGCAUGGCCCAUCAUGGUCAUGGAUAUAUAGGCCUUGAUGGUUAUACUAGUAUAAGCAGUAGUGUUAUGUCACAAGGGAUUACUGGGAUCUGGGAUGAUGAUCCACAAUCCCAUCUAAAACGAAAAGAGUUAAUAAAGAUUGUUAAGUUU